GUGUAGUAGGUCCCUUAAAGGUGAAAUUUUCGGACCCCAGGGGGAGCAAAUAAACUGGAAUUCGCCGGGCGGAAUGCGGCGCGUCGUCAUUGUCCCGAACAACCUGGAUAUAGCCGCCGUAGAAGCCGAGCCGGUAGCUUACAUUGUUUGGGAUCAGCCGAGGGGGGGAGCACAAGUCAACUUCAUCCUAGAAGGUAAUGGACAGGAUAGGGUGAACAUCACCACUCGGCGCGCGGGGGCGGAAAAGAAACUUAUCCGAGAUACGGUAAUGGAGGAGGAUGCAGGAGCUAGCGUAGAUCAAGGUGAACCUGACACCGGGGAGCCAAAGAAAGUCUACGGAAAGACAAGGGAGGAAGGACCAAUAGACAAGGCCACAGCGGCAAAGAAGAAGUUUAGGUACCAAAUUCCGAUCUUGACCAUGCCAGAAAUCGACAACACCCUGAGCAAGUUGCUAGGUACCAUGGUGUCGGUAUCUUUUCAAACUAUGCUGCAAGCAAACCCGAGACUGCCCAAAGGACUCCGGCAGCUGCUAACGCGUAGGCUCGUUGAGGUGGAAGAGGCUCCGGAACCGCAGGAGCAGGAAACGGAGGAGGCUGAGGCACCGGAUAGACCAUACACCGUCAUGCACACCCCUGUAGGGCAGCUGCAGAUGCAAGUGACCCCUAUGGGUUUUACAAACGUUGUGGCAGAAGCACAGAGGAGGAUGCUUGCAGUAGCCGGGGACAUGUUCCCGGAAAAAUGUUUUGCCAAAAUAGUCGAGCCCAUCCGUGCGAUGAUUAGGGAUAAAGGGACUAUGGAAUGGACCGAGGACAGGGAAGCAGCAGUUCAGACCCUCAAAGACAUCAUGUCCUCCGACCAAGUCACCUUGGCAUCACCCUGCUUCAAUGACGAAGUGGGACGACCCUUUAUCUUGGAAACAGACGGAGGACCAUUGGCGAUAGGAGGAGUCCUGAUACAAAGGAGCGAGGAGGGCAGAGAAAGGCCUAUCAAAUUCGAAAGUAGGACCCUGAAUUCUGCAGAACGGCGAUACUCCCAGUUCAAGAAAGAGGUCUUAGCCAUUCUACAUUGCCUUAAGACCUUUCAGACAUACCUAUUCGGAAGACGGUUUAUCCUGAGAAUCAAUCCGACCAAUGUCGUCGGGGCAUUAAAGAACUAUAAGCCUAUAGACCCGACUGUUGGGAGAUGGAUAGGCUUUAUCUGGCAGUUCGACUACAAGGUUGAGCGAAUUGCGGGGCUCCGGAACAGGGCUGACGGGCUAAGUCGAGUCUGCAUCACGCCGGAAGGAACAGAGGACGCGGAACCAAUCGGCGCCUUCCUGGAAUAUGAAGGAGGAACCCUCGCCACGGAUAAUGAGAUGAUGAACCUCGCUCGCACACCAGGACAGUUGUUGGUUCAGACCCUUGAAAAGGGGGCGCCUGCUGUAAUUACGGAACUUAGGGAAGGGCCACUCACUACGAUUAGACGAAAAGAUGAGAAGGAUUCGUGGGGGGCAACAGUGGGACCAAAAGUGGAGCUGAUGGCGAUGGCCAUUGAAGGAGGUCGGGACGCCGUGAUGUGCCUUGUGGAGUCCUGGACACAAAAGGAACGGCAGUAUUUAUUGGACGUAAUUCAGGCAAUGCAUGAUGGACUAGCCGGAGGGCAUCGGUCAUCGAAAGGGACCCUUGCAAAAAUCGCACCGCUUUACUUCUGGCCAGGCAUGGCGGGUAUGGUGGCUACGUACUGUCAAACGUGUCUGAUAUACCAAGAAGGGAGUUUCGCGCGUAUCUUUGAACCUCUAAGACCUACUCGGGUGUUGGGGCCGGGACAUCUGGUCCACCUCGACCUUGCAGUCAUGCCUGUAUCGACUGAUGGAUACAAGUAUAUCCUGGAUGCAAGAGACAACCUCAGUGGUUACGUAGAGGCAGUGGCUCUUAAGAGAAAGACGGGAAAGGGAGUGGCCGACUGGAUAAAAGACUUCUACCUAAGACACCCCUUUGUGCACAGGUUCAUAGCGGAUAAUGGGACGGAGUUCGUAAAUCAUGAAGUGCUAAGCAUGCUUAAGAUGUUGUGCGUACCUAUCAAGAUCAUCGAACCAUACCAUCCUGAGGCCAAUGCACCUGUAGAAAGGGGGCACCGGACCUUGAAAAACACAAUCGCUAAGUUGGCGACAGAUGACCUGGGGAACUGGCCUCGGUACCCUAAGCAGGCAGCCUUCUCAGAGAACAUGACGCCGAAAAGGACGAUGGGAUGCAUUCCGGCAGAGCUCUGGUAUGAGAGGGAGAUUGAUUUCCCAGUGGAAGCAUUGGUCCCCACCUGUAACAGGCUAGAUGACAAUCCGCACAUGUCUACGGAGGAAUUAAUCGCCGCACGAUGCCAACAGGUCCUUAAAAAUGAGGAAGCCUUGGAGAAUGUGGUUAAGCGUGUGAUGGAUAGCCGAAUGAGGGACAAGACAAGGUGGGACCAGGUCAAAAACAUCCGGAAGGAGCCGCUCCAGAUGGGGGAAAUGGUACUAGUUAGGAACUCGGCUCUUGAAAACACGUGGUCUGGACAGCUGGGAAGAAGGUUCAAAGGCCCCUACAGGAUCGCUAAGCAGGUGGGGCUGAACACCUUUGAACUUGAGGAUCUUGAUGGUACUGGAAUAAAAGGGCUAUUUCCGGGACAGAGGCUGGUCAGGUUUUUGAGCUGGGAUCCGGUGGAGCAAUGGUUGCAAGAGGCUCAGAACAAGGAAGCAGGGGAAUUAACAACUUGAAAGGCAGGCAGCUAGCCGUAAUCCUGUACCGC